AUGGGGUCAUGCUCGAGUCGAGCCCCACAUGCGGGCCGCGGAACUGAGGAGUUCCGCCUCAAAUUGUUGGGUCGCCUGUUGAUCAUUAACUCGGCGUCCUUGGAGGCUGUUAGGUUAUUGAAAUCGUUUUAUGUGCCUCCCUCGAAUCCAUCCCCAGCCUCGAUAGUUGCUGGUUCCUACAGGCUGCCGCUGGGCAUUCCCGACUAG